AACGACAUCCCAACCACCCGCCCCCUGACCUUGUCAUUCUCGCUGCUGGUGGUUCAGUCUUGUCAAGCACACAACAACCACAACAAUGGCCGACGCUCCCGUUACCCUGCGGACUCGCAAGUUCAUCCGCAACCCUCUGCUUGCCCGCAAGCAGAUGGUCGUGGACGUCCUGCACCCCAACCGCGCCAACGUCUCCAAGGACGAGCUCCGUGAGAAGCUUGCCGACCUGUACAAGUCCAACAAGGACCAGGUUUCCGUCUUCGGCUUCCGCACACAAUACGGUGGUGGCAAGAGCACCGGCUUCGCUCUCAUCUACGACUCCACUGAGGCCCUGAAGAAGUUCGAGCCUCGCUACCGCCUUAUCCGUAUCGGUGCUGGCGAGAAGAUCGAGAAGCCCAGCCGACAGCAGCGCAAGCAACGGAAGAACCGCUCCAAGAAGUUCCGCGGUAUCGCCAAGGUCAAGGGCCCAAAGAAGAGCAAGGACUAAGCGUGUGCUGCACACAAAUGAUUGUGUUGGUGCUCUGGGGUUGGGGGGGAUAUUGUGGCGAGAAUCUGGCGUACUGAUUCUGAUGAUUUUGGACUCGGCUUCGCACUCGGACUUGGACGCAGCAAGACUGAUGUCCACGAUGAUAAUAAUGAUGAACCCAACAACCCUGUGAUUAGCAACAAGAGAGAACAACAAAAAAGCAUGCUCGUCCAAGGUUUCUGCUGCGGUGUAUCUUUAUUUAUUAUCUCCCAAUUUCCAACCAUCCGUUCUCAUCAUGACCAAACG